AAAAAGCCUUACCACAUUGUUGCCAUACAGACGGACCUAUGAUUUUUGCUCGUAGAUCUGCUCAAGAUCAUACAUCUUUAUGCUGUCCUAGAUUCGUAAAGCCUCGUUUCGAUAAUACCGUAUUAGUUUACUAUAAAACGAUGUACUCGUUUGUUGAAUUCUUACUUUUUAUUGUCCCGAUAGAUGGCGCGGCUUCCGCUCUCCCUAAAUUUAUAAUAUCCCGCCUUCCUCGGUUUGUCCCGUACAACUAAUGCAACGCCACACAAACAAACCCGAGCCUGUGCAGCCGGUGCUGCAGCCGAGACUGUAUGAGUACAGCGCGUUUCAGGAAGAAGUUGGCGCCUGAAGCUGCGUAUGCAGCUAGCUAAAAUGCUAACCGCGAGUAUGCAAAACAGUCUCUUUUAACAAUAUUUACUCACACGGUUCCUCUGGGUUUCCAAAAUGAAUGAUAUGGGUAUGUAUGCGUCGCCGUAGAAUGACAAAUGUGUAUUUUUUUUGUCAACGGCACUGCUAAUAACACGGCUAAAGCAAAUACUAGCAAAACUCACUAGGCCUCGACUAAUCUCUGGAACAAAACUGGUUUUCUUUGCUGUCAGCAGACGGUGUCCUCAUCCUGACACUUUUUAUGCCCUAACUCUUCCAAAUGUUUAUAUGAUAUAUUACGGAAUUAUUAUCAAUUAUUAAUCAUAUUUUACUACUUUGAGUUUGGCAGCCCUUUUGUGUAUCUACAUCUUUUAUUGGUUAAUAUCUUAAGCGUCUGUAGCCUACGUAAUUACUAAUGUAAGAUAUCGGGUUUAUUUGAAUGCAGUUGACACAGAGCUAGAAGCACCUUCGUAAUAUGGACAGGUAAGUUGAAGUACAGUUUGAAUGUCAAAGUGUCUCUGUUUAGAGUUGAGUGUGCCCCUGUCCUCCCUGGCUCUUCUGGUGCCUCCUCUGCGGUUGAUGUCCGCGGUGAUGUGGGAGGUGGUGCGGCAGAGGAACACGCAGCACUACGGGAGACUGGAGGAGUUUGUCUCCACUGUGACAGAGGCGGUGCCGGAGUUGAUGAGCGAAAGGGAGGGGAGGCUGUUGUCUCUUGGGCUGAGGGCCAGAACGACGCUUGAACUGCUCCGCUCUGAGCACCCUGAAGACCUGAAGGCUGUUGAGACGCAUCUCAACAGGAUCAGAGCAUCUUACAUUGAGGAGACAAAUGACCAUGUGAUUGAUGCUCCAGAAGCCAACUUUAUGAAACUGGUCCAAGGGCUCAUUGAAGACACUGAUGGCAGAGAGCAUUUCCUCAAGAACGUGUUUCCUGUGGAGUACGGCCCUGAUUUCGACACAGCACUUGAAACGCUGGUUUGUGAAUUCUUUACCAGACUGGAAGAACUGCUGCCAAUACCAGAUUUUAAACAGACUGCUUCUUGGAUCAGUGCUGCCCCCUCUGUCCUUGAGGAGUACAUGCAGUGUGUCUCAAAUGGAGAGGACCUCAAAUUUCUUCUGCAAAACAAGCAGUGUCAUGGCAAGAUGGUGAAGACUAGUGUUGCUCCUUUUCCAUCAGAGGACCUCCUGAUUCCUUCGCUCUCUCUGCCCCCAUCACUAGAAGUAGCUAUUGCUUCACAUCCAAGUGCUUGUGACGAUGACAACAAUGUACCUGAGAUUGUCAUGUUUGAUGAAGAACUUUCCACAAACCCAUCCACAUCAAAUGACUUCCCUGAAUCCCCCAAAAGGUCGGACAUUCCUUUAUCUCCUCAUCAAUCUCAGCAACCUGGUCUGCACAAAUGCCCUGAGUGUAAUAAAUCCUUUAAGCACCAUUCUGUUCUGAUUGAGCACCAGAGAGUUCACAGCGGUCUGCAGCCAUACAACUGCUCUGAAUGUGGCCGAGCUUUUAGAACUGCCACUCUCCUUGCAGGGCACCGGCUACGCAAGUGCAGAAAUGCAGCUUAUGUUUGUAUUAAGUGUGGAAAUAGUUUUCCAACGUCACUAGAGAAGUUUAGACACCACUGUCCCAAACACAGUCGACGAUAUGAUUGUGGACAAUGUGGGAAAAGUUUUCAGAAGUCAAGCACUUUGAAGGAUCACUUGCUCACACAUGUGCAGAGCCGCUUCUUCAAGUGUAGCCACUGUGGAGCUGGCUUCUCAGGGAUAGGGGACCUCAAGUAUCACCAACAGGUGGAUCACGACAAGCCUUAUGAAUGUAAGCAAUGUGGCAAGAGCUUCAUCUCCUCCAAGAGUCUUUCUAAACACGAACAACGGCAUGAACAAGUAGGUGAAUUAGAUACAGUGAUGCUAAUGAGUGGAGGGAAACACGGCAAACGUUGCUCUACUCAUUGCACAUCAGUGUCUUUUUCUCGGAAAACUGUCAAAGCUGUUUAUCAGCGUGGCCGUGUUACACACAACUGUCCACUGUGUGGCAGGAGCUUCAAAUAUCGCUUUGAGUUUCUGGAGCACCAGAGGUUUCACACAGCAGUAAAGCCAUACAAAUGUUCACAAUGUGGUAAAGCUUUCAGAACUGAGGCACACCUGUCAGGACACAGGAAGAGGAAGUGUAAAAAUGCAGCUCAUAUUUGCACUAAAUGUGGCUGCCAGUUUAGGUCUCUACAUGAUCGAGUGCGGCACCAGUGUGUUCAGCUGCUCACAAAGUACGAAUGUUCUCACUGUGGAAAGACAUUCAAGAUGGCACACUUACUAAGGAACCAUCAGUUGAAUGAACACCAGCUCCCCUAUAGCCCCAACCACCGCUUCCGGUGUAGGUACUGUGAUGAGACCUUCCCUGGGAUCAGUGAGCUCAAGUACCACCAGAGGGUAGACCAUGAGAAGCCAUACCAGUGCCAGGAGUGUGGCAAGUGUUUCCUGUCCGAGAAAUGCCUCAACAACCAUGAGCUGCGGCACAGUGAUGAGCGCCCAGAGAACUGUGUGGUCUGUGGGCGGGGCUUUAGAAACCGCUAUGAUUUAAAACAACACAUGCGUACUCACACAGGGGAGCGGCCCUACCAGUGCUCUCAGUGCUCUCAGUGCUUCUCUACGGCCGGGGGUCUGAGGAGCCACAGCCGCGUGCACAGCGGGGAGAAGCCCCACACCUGCCCUGAUUGUGGGAAGGCCUUCUCUCAGAUGGGGGCCAUGCGCACACACAGACUCACACACACAGGAGAGAGGCCCUUUAAGUGCACUGUGUGUGGAAAAGGCUUCACUAUGGCUCACAAAGUGACAGUUCACAUGCGUGUCCACACGGGGGAGCGCCCCUACGUCUGUUCUCAGUGCGGGAAGGCCUUCUCAGAUGGAAGUGUCCUGAAACAGCAUAUGCUCAAUCACUCUGGUGUCCGGCCAUACCACUGCCAGCUCUGCCCCAAGACCUACACUUGUCUGCAUCACCUGAGGAGACACCUGAAGAGCCACUCCAACAUGGCCUGAGAAAUUACUCAAAAUGUUACACUGACUCAAAUAGGCCACAAGAAAUACCAUGCUGUGUUAUUGUGGAGCUGCACAGACAGAAAAAAAGCACAAAAGAACAAGGGAGAAUAAUCUACCUGCUUUGUGAUGAAGGACAUUAUACAUUUUGUGUGAUGCUGUUAAUAUUGAUAAAUAUAUUUUUGAAUUUAA